UCGGAGUCAGUGGUCGGAGGAAGAGAUUAUAGAAAACUUCCUAUUUGAUGUGGACCCAAGUCUUGGUUGGGAAGUUAAGGAAGCUCGACCGAAGGAUGGGAAAUGGACUACGUACAAGGAAAACCGUGUUGAGCAUUACAAAUUGGAGGAUAACAAGUAUUUCAUCAAGGACCUUGAAACAAUGACUCAAGAUGAAGAUGAGAGCGUACGGGCAUUUGGGAUGCGUUCCCAAAAGAUCUCCGACGUGCUGAUGAAGAAGGGGAAGAUCUCAGAGGUCGAGCGCUGUACUAUCUUCAUCGGACACUUGUCCAAAGGUAGGCAAAAGAGUAUACUUAGAGAUCUUCCGCGUGACAGGCUUGAUUUCCCAGAAGUCAUAAAGCUCGCGAUAAAGACAGAGGCAGACGAUUACAAGGACUUGGUGUGGAGAGGGAUGAGGAGACGUGACUUCUCUCUCUACAAGGAGUAUGCCACUGAUAGAUGUCCUGAUUUCAAGGAUUAUCCCUGGUCGGAGAAGAAUGAGGCCGUGGUUGAGGAAGUGAAGGAGAUACGGAACAUGGUGAAAGGAUUAACAAGACAGGUUACAGAGAUUGUGACCAUUACAGGGGCCACGGCCUACGGGAACAAACCUGGAGGGCCCUAUUCACUUCGCUGGGACCGUAGGAACAACGAUUCCUGGAGAAGUGUCGAGGAUAGAAAUCCCCGGACGCUGACUGAUUAUCGUGCUAGCGGAAGAGAGAGAGACGAUGAGCCAUGGCGACGUAGGGACGAUGAGAUAGACCGCGACCGCAGAGAUAGCGAACUGUUUGUGCGAGCAAGGAGGCUAGAUGAUUACCCUCGAAGCCCUCGCUAUGAGGCCGGAAUGAUUCGCGAGGGCGGUAUGAGCAAGGAGGGUCUGGAGGAGACCGGCGCAACGAUUUGCGCGGACGAAAUGAGAGAGGGGGAUAUGGCGUCUCAUCAGAACCAUAUCCUAAACGAUAGGCCAUCUACUCCCAGGAACUCAUGUGUCUACUGUAGAGGAGAAGAUCAUAUCAAGAGGGAUUGCCCGGUCCUCAAACGGGCAAUAGAUGAGGGACUUGUCGUGCUUGACGACCGGAAGUACGUCAAGUGGGCAGAUGAUCUGGGAGAUGUAUCGAUGUUUCCUUCGAUGAAGGAGAAUGUCGAAGCAAGGAGAAUAAAGACGAGUAAGGGAAUGGAGCCGUUCAGGAGCCAGAGCAUCAAGAUAAUCUUUGAGGGAGAUAUCGCGACCACACCCAUAAGGGUGGCAGCCACCAAGUCGGCAAGAGGGUCUACAUCGAAGAAGACUGACACGGAUUACGUGAUGACGGAGAAGGACGUGCAGCGAGUCGAUAGAGAGGAGGUUAUCCUUUCGCCGCGAAAGAGGGGAGUGAAGAAGUUCUUAAUGAAGAGUUCGCUGGACGAGAUUGACACGGUUGAACCAUUGAGGCGGGCCCUUCGGCAACCAAUGCAGUGUUCUAUUCUGGAGUACCUGGCGGCAUCGAAGCCGGCUCGUGAUGAAUUACAGAUGAUCACGCGGAAGACUCGCAUACCUCUAUCAGAGGAGAGUCAGGGGGCCCCUAAAGUGGAAGCUUCUAAAGUAGCGGUAACGGGGGUGACUGCCACAACGGAUCGCAUGACGACAGUCCUUCUCGAUGGGAUGGAGGGUGUGCCUCCAGACAAGUUUUAUAUACUUGGUAGCGGGGCCGUAGAGACGAUUAUAAACGAUGGAGCGAUACUCGAUGCUGUGAUUGAUAACGGCAGUGAGGCUGUCAUCAUAGACGAGGACCUGGCAGUACAAGUUGGACUGGGCCUCGAUAGRUCAUACCUAUUCGAGAUAGAGACGGCUGAUGGGAGAAAGCAACAGAUCACUGGGGUUUGUCACAAGGCAGCCAUAGAGGUCCAAGGGGUAAGAGUGACCCUGCCUGUCUUUGCAGUCAAGAACUGUAGCUCCGACCUGCUCUUGGGUCGGACGUGGUUGAGCCACGUGCGUGCGGUGACGAUAGAGCGACCUAAUGGGAGCCAAACAUUGUCCAUUAGAAAGCCAGACGGGACGCGGGUGAUGAUUGAGACAGUGAAGCCUCGGGACCCGAGGAACAGAGCAGCUCUCGCUGUGGGUGCAAGACCCAGUGAUCAGAUUAAGUCGUUACCUAUCUCCGGCCGCGCGGUGCGAUUUCACGAGAAGAGAUUCGGACCAGUGCUUACAGAGGAAGAAGGUCGGAUCGUGGAGGUGGAAGAUUUAGGGAGUCGGCUAAUAGUGGACGGCAACUCGUACCCAAAGGAAAGAGAUGAGGAAUUUGGCGGUGUGGUAUCCGUGUCUUUUUUAAGGGCACGGCCCCCUCUGGGGGGCUACCCAAGCGACACAAGCGAGUAGCUCAAAAAGUUAAGCCAGCGGCGGUGGGCCGCGAGCGAUC